ACUUAUAACACCUUCUUAUCGUAAUUAGGGUUUGAUGCCUUUCUUGUAUUUUAUGCCUCGCUUCCUUCAUAUCUUAAUCUCCAAAGUGUAGUAUUAAUCGUAAUCAUUCAUUAGGUGCAAGUAUAUCUAAUAUUUAUCGUAGAAAAUGGAAGGUGCAGAGCAAAGGCGCAUAUUCUCCCCUUUAGGUCAAAGUUUCUUUCCCAGCAUAGGAUGCUGUACUAAACCUGUGGAAUCACCCAUUAAUAUACCGGUUCUCAAUCCCACUUAUUACGGCCAUCAAAUAUUUCUGGAGCCAUCUGGCAUGAUGCCUCACCAAAAGUUUGUGUUUGCGGCUCCGACUGGCCGGGUCAACGUAGGUUUUGCGCCACAAUAUCCAGUGAGUCCCCAAGUAGCACCAGCCGCUACUGCAGUUUACGGGCAGGUUCCUCAGGAACCCUUUAGGAUUCAGUCUAACAUGUUUGAUGUGCAACACCAGGAUACGUUCGGAUUGGCAAGAUUAUUUGAUUCAAUGAGUAUUGGCAGCCAGGUACAACAAAGCCAAGGUUUCAGAGGACGCUUCUUUUCAUGCUGCGCUCCCAAAGAGGUUGAUGCUAAUGAAGUAGAUGCAACUGAGUUAUUCAAUGCAGAGGGACAUGAAGUGGGAAUUGAUACCCCAAGGAGGAAGCCAUUCUGCAAUUUUCUGAGAAAGUGCUAUCCUCAGGCUUCUAGUCAAAAUGUGUCAAGACAGCCAUCAAUUAUAGUUUCAAAGGAGGUCUCAAUUGAUGAACAAAAGGCUUCGGAAUUUGUGGAACAAGAGGUUUUGGAAGGCUCCCCUGAGCAACAAUGUCAGCAGGAACAUGCAUAUCAAUCAGGACAGGUGGGAUGCUCAGGUGAGCAAGGACAAUACGGGCAAGGUGAACAGGAACAACAGUUCCAAGAGCAAUCAGCGAGAUUGCAUGAUCGUGAGGUAACGAGGGGACAAUUUGGUCAGCAGGAUGUACAUCAUUUGGAAUCCACAAUGUUUGGAAAUUUGUACGCUACUGAGAGCAUGGUUAGCGUACCAGGUUUUGAAAAUGUCGACCCAAGCAUAUUUCAGGCGAAUGGUAAUUCAUAUGUUCCUAGCUGUUGGACCUGCUAUCCGCAGCAAAGCGCAGCUAGGGCUCCGGAAACUUUUAGGACUACAUCAUCUUAUUCUGCACAGAGUGGUGCUGGAUGCUUCUCAGGUUGUAUGGGAGCAGUUAGGGACAAGUUUGACGCAAACUUUAGAAGUCAAAGCACAUUUGGAUUGCGCGACUUGUACAGGAGCAUGUCAUCGCAAUUUCUUAAAGGUGUACAAUCGCAGACUUCUGGAUUCUUUUCUCAACAAUCUAUGGAAUCACAAAAGUCUUUUGGGCAGCAACAACAACCAUGUAGCCGCCUAGUAUCAAUCGCACAACCUGAAAAACAAUGUUAUACUCAUCGCAGUCAGGUUCAGCCAAACACAUUCAAGCUACAUGCGAUUGAAAUUCAUCAAUACGUUCCAAUUUCAAAUAUGCCACCAUCAAAAUUUGUACAAGAUACGAAUCCAGAAAACUUUGGAAGGUUAAACACAUACAAUGGACUAUCUGGUGACCAACAAUGGAUCUUUAAUCCACACACGACUGGCCCUGUAGCUCCGAUGAUGAGCAAUGUGAUAAACAGGGUGUGCAAAUUUAAGGUACCAGAAAUGUACGAACUCCGGGAAAAUGGAAUGAUUGAGAGGUUGCAAACUGAUGGUGCAUAAAUUGGAUAAAUAAUACAAUGGCGUUGCCUUGUAUAUAAAUCAUCAGGUAU